GGCGCCGGGACUGACGUCAGGUGAUAAUGAGCAGAGCGACGUCCUUAACGCCAGUGGCGGCUUCGGCUUGUAGCGAACAGCCACCGACAGGCUCUGUUUGAGUGAAAUAAACGACGGUCUCCUCCACAUCAUCCACCCAACAUAACAUUGGCAUCAUGUCAUGGUGCACGAUCGAAUCUGAUCCCGGUGUUUUUACAGAACUUAUACAGCAGAUGCAAGUAAAAGGCGUGCAGGUUGAGGAGUUGUAUUCUUUGGACCUUGAUUCUCUGAAUAAUCUAAGGCCAGUAUAUGGGUUGAUAUUCCUUUUUAAAUGGCGUCCGGGGGAAAAAGAUGACCGUCUUGUAAUCAAGGAUCCCAAUCCAAACUUGUUCUUUGCUAGCCAGGUUAUUAAUAAUGCAUGUGCAACCCAAGCUAUCCUGUCCAUUCUCAUGAACUGUCCAGAUGUCGAUAUUGGGCCCGAGUUAUCUGCCCUGAAAGAAUUCACAAGAAACUUUCCACCUGAGCUUAAAGGUUUGGCCAUCAAUAACAGUGAAGCCAUUCGCGCAGCCCACAACAGUUUUGCAAGACCUGAGCCUUUUGUUCCAGAGGAGCAAAAGUCUGCUGGAAAAGAUGAUGACGUGUACCAUUUCAUAAGCUAUAUACCCGUCGACGGUGUGCUCUAUGAACUUGACGGAUUGAAGGAGGGACCCAUUAGCCUAGGACAGUGCCCGGGUGGGCAAGGUGAUAUGGAUUGGCUACGAAUGGUGCAACCAGUGAUUCAGGAACGGAUUGAGAGGUAUUCCCAAAGCGAAAUAAGAUUCAAUCUAAUGGCCAUAAUCAAAAACAGGAAAGAAAUGUAUACUGCUGAAUUAAAAGAGCUUCAGAGGGGGAGGGAACGGAUCUUGCAGCAGCUGGCGGGAUUGCAGACGGAGAGACUAGUGGAUACCAGUCGUGUGGAAGCUCUUAAUAAGCAGCUUUCGGAAGUGAAUUCUGGGAUCGAGGGUGCUACGGAGAAAAUCCUAAUGGAAGAGGAGAAAUUUAAGAAGUGGAGGACGGAGAAUAUUCGGAGAAAACACAAUUACAUACCCUUCUUAUUUAACUUCCUCAAGAUUCUUGCUGAGAAGAAGCAGUUGAGACCUCUUAUUGAAAAGGCCAAGCAGAAAUCAUCCAACCCAAAGUAAGUUGUGCUGCUGAUUUCCCUUUGUUCGGUUAUACACUGAUAGGAACUUCUCUGAUCUUUUUGGAGAUAUGGACCUUUUAGGAGAGUAUCAGACUUCUCUCGUCUCUGAAUUGUAACAGUUUGUAAUGCAUUAUUUUCCUGUUUCAAGAUUAUAUACUUUCUCGGCGUAAUUACACAUGGUCUAUUUCUCCA